GACUCACUUUUGUAUCAGUUUGUCAGCACUCAGCUUCACGUAGGUUUGAUGCUCAACCAUUCUGACAGGACUUCAGCUGUAGCACAAAGAAAGACAAAUACAUUUUUACAUCACCAAUGGAUGUCAUGGAAACGCUAUACGUAGCUCUCACAAACACUAAAAAAAUGGCAGACCUGGCAGACGAACGCGAGACCUUGAUAACCGCUCAACAAGAUGCUCAACCUGAGGACCUGAGCACACGUCUUGUGCUGGAAGACACAGCCAUCCCAUUGAGAGCGGACAUCCAUCCGAAGAGGGAAAGUGCUUCAGGGAAUUUCCGGGUGUGGAAAGCCCGGCCGACUCCGAGUGUGUGGGGGGAGGAGCACGAGGAUAUAAAGAGCAGUGUUGGUCUCCGGAGCUCAGUGUCAACGCUUAGUCAGUAUUCAACCAUGAAGCUCAACCUUCAGUCUCUUUGCAAGCUCAUCUUGCUGGCAGCUUGUUGUGUCCUGAGCACAGACAGCACGUUUGUUCCGGGAAGAUGUUUAUGUCCUGAGACGCAGGAAGCCGUCCGGGGAAAACUGAAGGAGCUCAACGUGUAUCCGAAGAACCCUAACUGCGACAAGGUUACUGUUAUCGUGACACUAAAGAGUACCAAUGAACCUGUGUGUCUGAGUCCAGAUACACCGAUGGGGAAACAACUGAUACGAUGCUGGACUAGGGCUAACUCUUUGGGUCGUAACGUGAAACUGUGUCUGAGGAGGAGGAGGAGGAGGAGAGGUCAGCGCCGACACUCUCGACACCGCGGGAGAGUCUCACCUAGACAUCAGUCGUGAAACAUCCACAACAAAGUUACUGACCUUGUUUUUGGACUUGGAGAUGAGGGCCUUUCAUAAAGAAGAGGACGAUUGUGUCAUUUUACAUCAAGUGUCACAUUUCUCAGAUUUGUGCUGUUUGGGCUUCAAUUAAUGUUGUCUUUUUUAUUUUAGCAGCAGAAGGCUUUAUUUAUCUGUGUAUCUGAUGUUCAACAAAGCCCUGGAGGCCACAUGUUAUAUCUAUUCUAGCUUGAAAAUGUCAAUUUGUGUUUAGGUGUCUGCGCACAUGAAACACUAGUUAUUUAUUUUUGUAUCGUUCUGUAGCAUUUAGAUUUUUUUUAAUAAAGAAC